AUGUCAGGACCAGUUAUUUGUUCGAAAUUUGAUGCAAGUGGUAGUUUUCUUGCAACUGCAUUAGUUGCAUUAGAUGCUCAUCAAGUUAAAGUUCAAUCAACCACCAAUCAAUCAUCUUCCUCAUCAUUAAAUACAUCAUUUACUUUAGAAAAAUCAAAUAAAUUAACAAACUUAACAUGGAUACCUUCAGGAAAUAAUAAUGUUGAAUUAUUAGCACUUUGUUUAACUAGAGGUACUGUUUUAAUUUAUUCACCACAAACAAAUGAAAUUAUUUCAGAAUUAAAUGCUUCUGCAAAUGUAUCAAUUUUAGAUUUCCAUUAUUCUGAAAUAACUCAAUCAGGAUGGUCAUGUGAUAUCGAUGGGAAUAUAAAUGAAUGGGAUAUGAAUACAUUUGAAAUGAAAAAUAGUUUGAAAAUUAAAGAUAUAGUUGAUUCAAUUGAUUCAAUUAAUAGAAUCUCAACUGUAUUUUAUCAAAGACAACCAUGUUUAUUGAUUGGAUCUAAUUCAAUUUAUCUUUUCAAUAUUAAAACUAAAGAAGUUGUUAAAACAUUCCCUGGUCAUAUUCAACCAAUAAAUACAAUAACUCCAAUUAAUGAUAAUAGUUUUAUGACAAGUGCCAAAGGAGAUAGAUUUAUUAAUUUAUAUCAAUUGGAUAAAAUUACAACUAAAGCCGUCUUUGUUGCUUCUUCAUCAGUGGAAAGUUUAUCAAUUGGUAUUCAAGAUGAUAAAUCUGUACUUGUUGUUAUUAAUGAAGAAGGUAAUUUAGAAAUUUUUAAUAAUCCAUUAUCUGAACAACCUAAAUCAUCACAACCUUCAACUCCAAUGUCUAAAAAGAAAAGAAAACAAAUUGGUGUCAGUUCAAGAUCAUCAAAUGGUUCUAUUAAAUUAUCUCGUCCUGAAAAAGAAAUUAAAAAUCCUCAUGAUGCAAAUUUGUACAUCAAUGCAAUUUCAACAUUAGGAGAUGCUAUUCUUUUCACAUGGUUGGAAAAUUCAACUGUUCCUUUCUUUGAUUCCCUUAAAUGGAUUGAUGAAACUGGUAAUCAAUUCUUACUUGAUUCAACUAAAAUAAUAACCAAAUCUAAACCUGAUUUAAGAGUUACACAACAUACUACUAUAAAUGGUCAUGAUGUAGCAGCACCAAAACUUUAUAGUGAAGGUCAUACUAUCAUCAGUGAUGGUUCAAAUAUUCGUCACAUUGAUGAAGAAGAUGAAGAUCAAGAAGAAUCACUUGCUGAAAAAUUAGAUAGAUUAUCUGUUGAUACAUCUAAAACUCCAGUUAAAUCAAGAAGAAAGAAAUUAGAAGAAGCUAGAUCGGGUGUUUCAUUAUCUAUUAUCUUAACUCAAUCAUUACAAAAUAACGAUACUUCAUUAUUGGAAACAGUUUUACAAAAUCGUGAUACUGUAACUAUUCAAAACACCAUCAAUAGAUUAGAUCCAUAUACUGCUGUAUUAUUUUUGGAUAAAUUAAGUGAUAAAUUACAACGUCAACCAACAAGAUUUGAAACUUUUGCAUUUUGGUUAAAAUGGAUUUUAGUUAUUCAUGGUCCAGUAAUUGCUUCAUUACCUAAUUUGAAUGUUAAAUUGGCUACUUUAUAUUCUGUAUUGAAUAAAAAAGCUGAAUCAUUGCCAAGAUUAUUGGAAUUACAAGGAAGAUUAAAUUUGACUAAUGAUAAUACUACAUUGAAAAAUGAAAUAUAUGAUCAAGAAUUGGUUGAAGAAGAUGAAGAAGUUUAUGAACCAAGUGAUGUUGAAUAUAUUGAAGAAUUAGAUGACGCUCAAUAUAUUGGUGUUAUUAGUGAAGAUGAAGAUGAAAUCAUGGAUGGUGUUGAUGAUUAUGAAGAAAGUGAGGACGAUGAAGACGUCGAGGAUGAAGACGAGGACGACGAUGAUGAUGAAGAUGUAGAUAUACCUUCAGCCGCCGAUUUACAAAGUGAUGACGAAGAAGAAGAAUAG